AUGCCGCCCAAAAAGCAAAAAGAUCCAACGGCGAACAUCUCUAGUUCUCUGGAGUCAGAGGACUUUAGUUUAGAAACAACGGUUCCAACAGAAGACAUUUCAUCCUCGGAUGAGAAAGAUGGAUCUCAGAAAGUCACAAAGCAGCUCAUUGAAAGGAAGCAACUAUUCCAUAACCUUCAACUCUUGAAAAUAGAGCUAUCACAGAAAAAUCUAAUUAUUGAUAAUCUCAAAGUGGACCACCUGACCAAGAUUGAGGAGCUUGAGGAAAGACUGAAUGAUGCUCUCCAUCAGAAACAGGUCCUUGCCUUACGCCUUGACAGCCAGCUCAAACUCCAACAGGACGAAAACAGGAAACAGCAGGCCUUGAGAAAACAGGAGAUGGAUACCAUCCUGCUACGGCAGAAACAGCUGGAGGACACGAACAGGCAGCUCUGCGAGAGGGCAGGAGAUCUACGCAGGAGUCUGAGAGACUUGGAACUGACUGAGGAGAGGCACUCUGAACUGAGAGGUCUGCCUGAAGACAAACUCUCCAUUCCUGAAUAUGUAGCGGUUCGGUUCUAUGAAGUGGUGACUCCAUUAAGGGCUCUGGUGACAGAUCUCCAGACGAAGAAGAGCAGCCUGACUGAGGACCUGGACAGUCACAGGAGCCAGUUAAAGUCACUGAUGGAGAGUUAUGAGGAGGAGAGAAGACUGCGUUCUGAGCUGGAGCUUCGGGCUCAGAGACUGACUCUGGAACUGGCCGACACCAAACAGCUCAUCCAGGAAGGAGACUACAGACGAGAAAACUACGGCAAGGUCAAACGAGAGAGAGAUGAGUUUGAAACAGAAGUAAGAGAACUCAGAAAUAAACUGGAGAUGCUGGACCUCACUCACACGGCUCUGACAAGGGAGAGGAAUGACCUCAGCAAAGAGGUGGCCUCUCUGAAGCAGUCAGUGACUCUCCUUCAGAAGGAUAAGGAGUAUCUGAACAGGCAGAACAUGGAGCUGAACGUACGCUGCGCUCAUGAGGAGGACCGGCUGGAGCGUCUGCAGGCCCAGCUGGAGGACACAAAGAAAGCCAGGGAGGAGCUCUAUGAGAAAUACGUGGCCUCCAGGGAUCACUACAAGACUGAAUACGAGAACAAACUGCGUGACGAGCUGGAAAACAUUCGUCUGAAGACCAGUCACGAGAUUGAGAGUCUCCAGAGGACGUCUAAGGAGAUGUACGAGAGAGAAAACAGAAACCUGCGAGAAGCGAGGGAUAAUGCGGUCCUGGAGAAAGACAGGGCAGUGAACACUGAAAGAGACAUCCAGGCUAAAUAUGACCAGCUCCUGGAACAGUUCAGACAGCUACAGAUGGGCACAGACAGCAGAGUGGCUGAGCUGUUGAACCAGGUGAAACUGAAGUCGUUUGAGGUGGAGCGCGCUCAGAUGGUGCAGGAGGAGACGACUAGGAACCUCAGCCUCUGUCAGAUAGAGCAGGAGAAACAGCAGAGGAAACUGGAGGUCCUUACAAAGGAGUUUUACGGUCUGCAGUCGUCAUCGGAGAAGCGCGUCAUGGAGCUCCAGGCGAAGUGCUCGGAGCAGGAGGCUCGACUGGAGACGUACGAGAGGCUGGAGCGGGAACUGGAUGACGUCACGAUGCAGGCCGCAGAGAUGGAAAAUGAGAAUGAAGCUGAGAGGGUUUUGUUUUCGUACGGCUACGGAGCCAAUGUCCCUACAACUGCCAAAAGACGACUGAAACAGAGUGUUCACCUGGCUCGGAGAGUACUGCAGCUGGAGAAACAGAACACACAGUUGAGGAGAGACUUGGAGAAACACACCACCCGCGCUCGUCAGGUCUCCGAAGAGCUGGAAGUAGCAAAUCAGCUUCUUCAGCAAAGCCAGCAACCACACAGUUACCUCAUAGAGAGAGUCAGACAGCGGGAUGCCCAGAUCCACUCCCUGAAAGAACGUGUUGCACAACUGGAGGACGAAGUCAGCUCAUUAAGAAAAGAAAAGACAAACUUGCUACAUGUGAAGAACAACAUGGCUGCUGACCUGGAAAGACUCCUGAAUCACAUAGAGGAGCUGUCCGUCAUGAAGAAGGUCCUUCUCAGCAUGAGAUCUCGUCAUCAGAAUGAAUCCCUGCCUCUGUCAGAUAACACUGGUCUGGGAACAGCGGUCCAUCAGCCCAAAGGUCUCAGCAGAACUAUAGGGGAGGACCAGUAUGAGCACAGACCCAAACCCACUGUAUUUACCAAUAAAGAAGUCCCUGAAUGGUGCAGAAAAGCCAAGGACCAGCCCAAAUGACACAUCAAAUCGCUGUGGACUGAGAAUAGUUUUA